AUGGAAAACAAGAAAGAAAAGUUCUCAGUGAACAACUACAUUGUCUUUAAGCAGGGCCCAGACUGCUAUGAGGGUAGAAUUAAAAAUAUUUCAGUUGAAGGAGGCAUAGAAGUCUAUCAAGUCUUUUGUUUUACUACCUUUACCGAUUUUAGAGUCCCCGCGACAGACGUGUUAAGCAAUGUUAGCCAAGAAGUCAAGAGAAAGAUGAAAACAACAGCGUAUCUAGAAAUCCCAGGACAGAUUUACAUACCGCCUGCACUCAAAAAUAUCCUUGUUGUAGACAAAGAGUGGUCUAUUGAGAAUAAAUACGAUCUACCUCAUAAAAAUUCCGUUUCUAGCAUUUUGAAACAGUUUAAGGAUUUUGUGAUGAAUUCCGCAAAUAUUUGUGAUCUUGACGAGGCUACUGAAGUACAAAAGGGAUUUGCAAUGUGUUUCAACAGCUUCUUCAAAAAAUUUCUUAUGUAUUCAAUCGAGAAAGAUCAAAUCAGUUCUCUCAAAGGCGAGCCGACCGAGUAUUGUGGACCAGUGCAUCUUUUAAGGCUAAUAUACUUUAUCCAGAAGAACGUCAAUACCUAUAUUAAAGACAAAGAAGUUGAGGGAAUUGUUCUUGACUAUACGAUUUACCUUCUUGACUUUAUGCUAAUCAGAUACAAAGAUUAUUUUUGA